AUGCGUCUAGUCUAUGUACUCCCUCCAACACAUCCUAUCUUACCUUAUUUUUCAUUUCAGGGUUCGUACGGCAUCGUUAAAUUGGCAUAUAACGAAGAAGAUAAGAACCUCUAUGCUCUGAAAGUACUGGAUAAAAUCAAAUUGCUGAAGAAUUUUGCAUGUUUUCGAGCACCACCUGCUCGAAAAUCGAAAGCACCACCGACAACGCAUAAAAAUCCCUUACAACUUGUUCAAAAAGAGAUUGCCAUACUGAAAAAGCUCAGUCAUCCCAAUGUUGUCAAGCUGGUUGAGGUGUUGGAUGAUCCGAAUGACAACUAUCUCUACAUGGUUUUCGAAUUUGUUGAACGGGGCAGCAUUUUGGACGUUCCUACGGACAAACCAUUGGACGAGGAUAGCGCCUGGAAAUAUUUCAGGGAUACGUUACGGGGUUUAGAGUACUUGCACUAUCAGAAAAUCAUUCAUCGGGAUAUUAAACCGUCGAAUUUGCUCCUUUCCGAUUCUGGUCAUGUUAAGAUAGCCGAUUUUGGUGUCUCCUGUGAAUUCGAGGGUAUCGACGCGUUUCUAUCCGGCACUGCUGGCACACCAGCCUUUAUGGCACCCGAGGCGCUCAUAGAAGGAUCAAAUCACUUCUACUCUGGCCGAGCUCAGGAUAUGUGGUCCUUAGGGAUUACGUUGUAUGCCUUUGUCGUGGGGAAGGUGCCCUUCUGGGAUCCCUACAUCAUUGCCCUCCAUCGAAAGAUAAAGAAUGACCCGGUUGUGUUUCCUGAGACGCCUCACCUUAGCGAUCCCUUGAAAGAUGUUAUUCUUGGACUGUUAAAAAAGGAUCCUGGUCUUCGAUUACUUCUACAGGAAGUCAAGGUGCAUGCGUGGGUAACGCGUCGCGGUACAUGUCCGAUGCCAUCGGAGGAGGAGAACUGCCACUUGGUGACAGUAACAGAAGAGGAAAUUGAGAACUGUGUACGAGUUAUUCCACGACUCGAUACGCUCAUACUCGUCAAAGCUAUGGGUCAUCGAAAACGCUUUGGAAAUCCGUUCAGGGCUGUCGGAAACUCAUCACUACGAGAUCGACGGAAGUCGAGUUCUGUGAAGGAUCCUACGUACAGCCCACCGACGACGAUCGCUAAUGGGGACAGCAGGUAUAGUGCUACUUUAUUGGGGAGACGAUAG